AUGGACACCCAAACACCCCCGUUUUCUGAUUCUGAUUCUGUUUCCUCUUCUCCUGAUGAAUCCGUGUCUACAUCCACAACUCGUGUGGCACUUCCAGACUCAGCCCGUGAUAUCAGCAUGCCGCUUCCUUUGCCCCAGCCCUUGAAUAUUUCUGGUGACCAGACAGAAUUCAAGAAGAUUGAAGACGAGCUUCUCCGCAAAAUCAGAGCAAAGUACACAGGAUAUCUGUGGUUCUUCAACGUCACUAAAGAGACAUUCUACCAACUCCAAGACGAAAACUCACGAAACACCAGACACUUCCGCUAUCUCUACAAUUUCGACGAGCGUAAGCUCCGUAUCUGGAUGCCUGCGAGAGCCCACGACAGUUUUGUUACCCAGCUUGUUAUCCUAAUUUCUGACAAGCUAAGAGCAGCAGGCUUACACAAUACUGCUUGUGUGCCGAACCUGUCUCCCACGCUUAAAUUUGGGAACUUUGCUGCUCAGCCUGAUGGAUGCUGGGGCCCAUUCAAUAGCGAUGAUUUCACGGUUUGCGUUGAGGUUGCGAAUUCCCAAAGUGAUGCCCAACUCCGAAAUGACGCUCGCCGUUGGCUUGAACAUACCGGAUCCCCCUUUGAAAUCUGCCUUACGGUCAAGGUUAGCGCUGAUAAGAUUGUCCUUUCUGUCUGGCGGCCCCAAGCACGGCCUGAUAACGGUCACGGUCCGUGGCUUCGGAGAAGGCAUCGUUCUGCGACGAUCACCCACACAGCGACAAUCGUCCGAAACAGUCCGAAUCCUACCGUCAUAUGUGAAAGCAAUACUUCGUCUUCAUCCACUCGAAAUGAGAUUAGGCUGCCUGUGGUAGCUUUUACAGGCUACCAGCUGCCACCUGGGAUUAAUGUUAACCCUUGGGACGAGAUCAUCUUGACGGAAGACGAUUUGGUAGCUUUGGGAAGAGUUCAUUGGAUUCCAAGAAACGGAUACUAA